AGCGAAUUCUCUCUUCACAGGUUCGUGUGAGUAGUAGUUAUUACGAGUACAUUUCCAUUUCGUCGCUUAGAUUCCAUGAGUGAGUGAAACGACGGCGUGACGAUCUUCCUUGGCGUCGUCGACAGCAAUGCUUGCAGUUUGACGGUGAGCUUAGAACAUCCAAUCUGGAAACAUAUAGUAUCCGAGAAUGGAAGCAGCUGCAGAAACGGCACGUGUGGCGCUACGGAGUCAAUCCUAUGGAAAUACCAAGGCACAUAGGCAACCCUCCUCUAAAUACGACGGACCAUUUCUGCACAGUCACCACCAGCACCAAAACCAUCGCCCUCUCUUCGUCUCAACGACACCCCCCUCCGUUGUUUCCCACGACCUUCCUCGCCUUCUCCGUCCGCCCGCCACCAUUCCCCCCCACCUCCCCAUGACGCGUCUCCCCGUCCGUCUCCGCGUCUUUCUCCCCACCCUCCUCAUCCUCAUCCCCUUCCUCCUCCUCCUCUCCGCCAAUCCCGUCGUCGCCGACACGCGCCUAAUGUCGGGCGGCUUUAUCCUCGACGCCGUCCUCUCGCACUGCCGGCCGCACGUGCCAGAGUUGUCGUCUUCUGCUGGCGCUGCCGGGCCGCUCCCGGCCGUCCCCUUCCUCCUCUCGUCUAACUCCGUCAUUCGCGGCAAGUGGCGCUACCAAGACCCCUCCACCGCCGCCGCCGCCGCCGCCGCAGCUGCAGCCAAUGCAGUUGACGGCGAAAACGGCACUUUGCCGGCCGCGGCGGACGCUCAGCCGGCAGUUCUGCCGGCCGUCCGGCACAAGGUCCUGACGACCGACUCGGGCGCGUUCGAUUUCUGGACGGAGCACAUCGUGCCGACGGAAAACGGCACGCUCGACGUAGGCGCGCUCGUUUAUAUCACGUCGCAGACGGAGUGGGCGGAGAGCCACGUGGGCACCGUGGUGGUGCGCGCGGAAGGGUAUUUCUCCAUGCGCGCGGGGGUGCUGUGCAUGGUGGGGUGCCAGAGCCGCCUGGGGGGAGGGGGGGGCGGAGGGGAGGGGGAGGAAUCGGCGGAAGCGGAAGAUCCGUAUGCGGAUCCGCGGAGGUGUAACAUGCUGCUGGUGCUGAAGUUCAAGCCGAAGAACGAGGCGGAGUGGAGAAAGAAUGCUCAGGCGCAGGCAGAGGAGCGCCUGGAGCGGAUUUCAGUGGCCAAGUAUGGCGUCAAUGGGGAGGGGCAGGCCAACGCUGCUGGUGGUGUGGGAGAGGGAGGGGAAGGGCAAGGGGAAACCCCAGCAGCAGCAGCAGCAGCAGCAGCAGCAGCAGCAGCAGCAGUAGCAGCUGGAGUGGGGGUGAUAGACCCUCACACGCUCAAGGAGCGCACGGACAUCACCAAAGCGGACAUCUUAGACGAGCUGGGGUCCGAGGUGGAUGACACGAGCGUGGUGGCGGACGCGCUUGUAAUGGAGGGCUCUGUAACGAGUACAGUACUGGCAGAGAAGGCGGGGGAAGGGAGCGAGUACUUUGGCCCGCUGGCCGUGGAGGGGGAGACGGAGUCCCUGAGCCAGCAGGCGGAGCUGUUCGACUGGGACAUGGUGGUUUCUGCUGUGCUCUCUGCCUUCCAGGCGCUCGCUGUUUUUUCUCAGGUGCUCCACGCCCGCGCCCACCCCCACGCGCACUUCACCUCGCUCACAAUGGUCGCCACGCAGAUCCUCGUCUUCGCGGCCUUCUGGCUGCGCGACCUCUACUACCCGCUCUCCUUCCUCUCCUCCGACGUCCUCUCCUAUCUCCUCUCUCAGCUCGUCACCCUCCCCCACGCUGUCGAGUUCGCCACCCUCCUCCUCUACAUCCUCCUCUUUAUCACUGUGGAACGGAAGCGGAAACGGGCCGCUGCGGCGUAUGCAGCAGCAGCUAGUGGGCAGGCUGUCAGCCCCUCCUCAUCCGCUGCUGUCUACGCCCCCAGGUCCCCCUACUCCCCCUCUUCCCCUUCCUCCUCCUCCUCGUUCCGAGUGGGGCGGAGCGCGGGUAUAAGCACGCUGCCUAAAAUCACAGCUCCUCCUGCAGAAAGUUCUGGAACUCCCAACCAGCAGCAGCAGCAGCAGCAGGCGCAGUUGCUACCUCCCCCGAGUGACGCCUACGUGGCGCUGGCGGUGAUGGGGAUCGUGGGCGUGGGCGGCGGCAUUCUGUACGUGUGGGACGCCACGGACGUGCUGCUGCAGCUCGCCCACUUCCUCUUCCUCCUCCCUCAAUCAAUCGCUCUGGUUAUCUGGCAGCCGCCGCCCGCUGCCUGCCGCUCCAUCACCCUCAAGUUUGCCAUUGGCAACUGGGCCUCGCAGUCUGCCUGGCUUAUCUUCGACUGCUGGAGACCUCGACUACUGGGCUACGAUGCGCUUUUCCCCUUCCCCCACGCCUACUUCUGGCCCUUCUUCAUAAUCAUGACCUGGCAAUCUAGCCGUCUUCCUCGCACAAUGGCGCUUCGGUCCCCUCUGUGUUACGAACGCGCCGCUACAUUUGUAUUCAGCCGUGCUGUCGAUUCAGGAUGAAGAGGAUGGUGGCGUGUAGUUUUCGUUGGACGAAGAUCUAGGCGACAUAUAGCAGCGCUGACUAGCUGCGCGAAUUGGAAGAAAUUGGUUUGAUUGAACCUUUUGUCAUAAACGAAUGAUGCGAGUGUGCUUAGACAAAGCCUACAAGAGGUUACGAGUCUGGCU